UGCAGGCGCGGAGGCAGGACAACAACAACAAGAACAAGAACAACAAACAAGGGAGAUAGGCGAGCGGAGGAAGAAGAAGCGCACCAUGGCCUCAAAGGACACCUCUCUGGCGGGCUUCGUCAACGUCAGCAGAGAGAUCACAGAGAGCAUCAGGAAGGCCCUGGACAAGCAGGCCAUCAGGUUUGUGCGAGCCAUCAAGCAGGACGCCAGGGGCGGCAAGACGGAGGACCGGAUUCUGGUCCUGGCCACAUGGAGACUCUAUCUGUUCGCUGUCAAAGUUCCCACCAAGAUGGAGGUGACCUUCAACUUCUUGGAGAUCCGAGCCAUGAACACCUAUCCGGAGCACCAGGUCGUCAUCGACACAGACAAGACCACGUACUCGCUGAGGCUGCAGACCCAGGACCAGCUGGAUCACAUGGUCAAGCACAUCAACUCCGCCCUCUCCCGAGUCUUCAACAACUCCAUCUAUGCUCCUCCUAUUUGUCGGGCAGAGAGCGACCUGACGGAAGAAGGAAGUCACACGUUUUCACCAAACUCCGAAUUGUCAGUUGAGGCCCAGAAAACAUGCGGAGGCUUCUCCGAGACCUACGCGGCUCUUUGCGACUACAACGGCAUCGGCUGCAAGGAGGAGGUGCAGUGGGAUGUUGACACCAUCUACCACUCACAGGACAACAGGGAGUUCAAUUUACUGGAUUUCAGCCAUCUAGACAGCAGGGACUUGGCAGUGAUCGUGGCAGCCAUUGCGUACAACACCUGGUUCACCAAGCUGCACUGCAAGGACAUGCGCCUAGGGUCGGAGGUCGUGGACCAGGUCCUGCACACAGUCAGCAAGUCCAACCGUCUGGAGGAGCUCACUCUGGAGAACGCGGGACUCAAAUCGGAUUUCCCGCAGAAGAUGGCGUCAGCGCUGUCGGAGAACCCCGCCUCGGUGAUUCACUCCCUCAACCUGUCUCACAACACGCUCGACAACCAAGGAGUCUCCAACCUCAUUCAACAAGUGUGCCGCCUCAACAAGGGACUGCGCCUCCUCAAUCUCUCCAAGACCUCCCUGUCCUCCAAAGGUAUAGUGACUCUGUCCCAGGCGUUGUGUUCAAGUGACGACUACUCUAAUUCUCUGCUGCAUCUGGAUCUCAGCAAAAACCCCGGGGUUCUGUCCGGAGAAGACGCCACGAACCUGUACAUGUUCCUGGCCCAGCCCAACUGCCUGGUCCACCUGGACCUGUCCGGGACCGACUGCAUCGUGGACUCGCUGUUUGGGGCCCUGCUGCGAGGCUGCUGCGCUGACCUCUCCUACCUGAACCUCUCCAAGAACUCCUUUUCUCACAGGAAAGCGAGAGAUUCUCUGCCAACUUUCCGCCAGUUCUUCAGCUCCGCGUUCAGCCUGACCCACGUCAGCCUGGCCUCCGUGAGAGUCCCGCCCGACUCACUGAGGGCCCUGUUCCUCGGUCUGUCCAAUAACCCUCAUAUCUCUGACUUGCACCUGGACAUCAGCGGCUGUGAGUUGAGGUCGGCGGGCGCCGGCGUGAUGCAGGAGCUGUUCCCCCGGGUUUCAUGCGUGGGGACUUUAGACAUCUCUGAUAACGGUUUGGAUGCUGACUUGCUGGUUGUCAUCCCGGCGUUCUCCCGGCACCCCUCCCUCAAACACCUGAUGCUGGGGAAGAACUUCAACAUCAAGGGCAGGGUGCUGGAUGAAACUCUGCAGAAACUGGUUCAUUUGGUGCAAGAGGAAGAGUGUGCGCUGCAGUCCCUCUCCCUGGCCGACUCGAGGCUCCGCCAGCGGGGCACGGUGCUGGUCAAUGCCCUGGGCUCCAACGCCUGCCUGCGGAAAGUGGACCUGAGCGGCAACCUCCUGGAGGACUCCGGGGCCAAGAUGCUCAGCAAAGCGCUGCAGAUCAAUACAACACUCAGGAGUGUGAUGUGGGAUCGCAACAACACCACAGCGAUAGGCCUGCAAGAUGUGGCGAGAGCGCUGGAGCACAACUUUACCCUUCAGUACAUGCCCCUCCCCCUCGGUGAUGUCACCCAGGCGUACCGCGGCGCCCCGGAGAAGACGGACCAGGCCCUGACCAGGAUCCAGCGCGCCCUGCUUAGGAACAACCAGACUCAUAGUUUCUCUCAGAAACAGGCUCUCCGGCUGAACCAGGGCCUCGUCACCAGCACCGCUGAACAAGUGAUGGAGCGUCUGUGCGUGCGGCAGCAGCAGGUGUGCGUCCUGAAAGGCAGCGAGGAAGGCGAGGAGCUCCAGUCGGCCAGGCAGAUCCUCAAAGAAGCCCGGGACUCGAAAGCUCUGUACCCCUCCCUGUGUGAGUUGGCCCAUGUGUUGUCGGUGGACGGCCCCGUCAAGCAGCGCCUGGACACUCUGGCUGGAGAGCUGGCCAAGGCGGCCGACAAAGAGCUGCAGGUGGUGGUGGACUCGAUGGUGUCCCUGUGCCGAGAGCUGUGUCCGAUGUCCUGCCUGGCGGCCGAGCGACUCAGCACGCCUCUCUCGUCCAUUUCCGAGCAAGUCUCGAUCCCUCGCUCCGCCAUCCGCAGCGCCCUGAUGGAGCGCGCGGCGGAGGACAUCAACAGAGCCCUGGAGGAGGUGAAGUUGUCGGUGGUCUCCUACCUGACCAACUCCAUCAUGGAUCAGAUUCUACAGGAGCUGUACACCACCCAUAAAACCCUGCUGAGGCAGGUGUCUCAGGUGAAGCGCUGUGAUGACGGCGGGACGGGGCGGCGCACCAUCAGACAGUCCAGAAUGAUGGAGUCUCUGGAUUUUCCUGAUGAGGACUUGGGCGUCAACCUGGGAAUAGACACGAUGGCCAUAAAGAAGAGGAGCUCCCGAACUAGACGGAUCCGUCCCGUCUCCACCAGACAGAGUCUGGAGGAGCCCAGUCCCUCUCCGACGCCCUCUGCCCCACCGCCCUCCGCCCCUCUCACCCACUCGGCAUCGUGGGAGUGUCUGUCCACCCUGCCGACCAACGGCUCGCCGCUGCGCCACGUGACCCACGUCCGGCCUCACCCGCCGCGGAGGCACAGGGCGGGCCACCCUUCCCCAGAAUCUCAUUGUUCGGAGAACGGAGGAGUCAGUAUGCUGGAGGACGGACUGCCGGACUUCUACAGCAAGAGAGUUCUACCUGACAGUCAGUUGUCGUGCCUCCAUCAGGGCCAGUCGCUGAGGAGAAAGAAAAGACGCAGCGUCUUGUCCAUUUUCACCGGCUUCCGCAAGAACCGCAACUCCACCGUCUCCAAUCAGGACUCUGACGCCUCGGAGAACGUCUACUCGAUGAUUCAGCACCCGAAGGAGGCCGGCAGGCCGGAGGGCACCGGGACCGGGAUGAGGGCCGCCAGCCCCUCCUGCCUCAUCCAGAGACAGUCCACAGACCUGGUCAGCAUGGUGUACAGCUGCAUCGGGGCCGAGAUCGAGGACUCGGACGGGAGCAGCAGCUGCGACGUCCGAGAGAUGGACGAGCACGAGGCCGACCGAACGGCCGCCGCCUCCGCCGCACCUGCAGAUGCUCCGACUAAUGGCCGCGCGGCGUCCUCCUCUUCCUCCCCCUCCUCCUCCUCCUCCACCCACCACACGGACAGACGGGCGGAGAGCCGGCCGGAGCGGGUUGCGCCCCCGAUGGUCCCGGAGGAGGAGAGGGAGGGCGUUGGGAGCGGGGGCGCGAGGCCAGAGCCUCCUCCGCAGAGCAUCAAGCCCAGCCUGGCUGCUAUGAGGCAGCAGCACCUGCAGGACAAUCUGGAAGAGGCGGGCCGGCUGCAGGGGGAAGGAGACCAGAGCGAAAGCCGGCCGGAGGAGAAGCGGCGAGGGCCGGAGGGCCAGCGACCUCCGCCGCCCGGCAAGCCCGGGCUCCACCUCCCGCGGGACGACACCUCUCCCAGAGCCUCGCCUGUGGGUCCGGGCGAAGAAGCGACCGAUGGCCGGAGGAGCCCGCCUCCUCCCGCUCGGCCAAUCGCCGGAGAGGAGGGCGCCGCCGACGGCGGGGAGAGCCCAGCGGCGGCGGGCGUGGAGGCGGCCGACGCCGUCAGUGAAGAUGAGGAAGAAGGUGAUGACGGAGCAGCAGCGCGGCACACCAGGAAGUCCGACUCGUUUGACAUCGGUGACGAGAGCCCCCGGCCGGCUGACGGAGACGUGCUAUGACGUUACCAGUGGACGGGAGGAAACUUGCUGGCCAGGGAACGCUGGACCAAGGAGGACUGGAGAGAGACGAGCUUUUAAAACUGUGUGGACCGAGAGGACGAAGCUGCAACGGCUCCUCUGAUUUUAUCUUCCUCUCCUUUUUAAUCCACGUGAACAUCGGUUGAUCAAAAUGCAUGUCGGGGUACGCUUUCCGUCCGGUUGCACCUGCUGUGGUCUUCCUCAGGCUUUAGGGAGUCGCUCUGACCGUCGCUCCGUGUCUCCCGUGCGCUCUUCAUGAACCCUUUUAUGCGUUUGCGUAACAUGAUUUAACGUCUGCUCCCCGUCGUUUACUGACAAUCUGUGACUGCUAAAAGUUUGUAAUGUAUUUAUCCAAACGGAGAUGUAAAUACCGAAUAUGAAACUGUACUAACCGUCGUGGAACCCUAACAAUCAUGUUUUUAAUUGUGAUCUUAUAUAAUUGGAUAACUGUGUAACUAUGUUUUUGUUUUUUUCCCUGUAUGCUGACGUUGAUGAUUGAGAUUUGAGUUAUCAUGCAAGAGUAUUUAAGUAUCCCUGACGGUUUUAAUCAGAUUUUUUCAGGCCUGAAAAUGAGUAUUUUCUAAAAAUGGUUCUCCAAAUCAGAAUAAAUAAAAUUGACUUUACACAAAGAA